AUGGGGGCUUUGAUUGCACCAUCAGCAAACAUUGUAUCAAGAAUAGCAUGGAACUCUUCAUCUUUGUACGGCAGUGGCGGGUCAUUGGAUGAUUUGUCAUCCAUAGCUAACGUCUGGUAUGCUUCAUUCUUUUCACUCCUCCAAGCAUUCUGCCCAAUUGCUCUCUCUAGCUCCCUUAACAAUCCAAAUCUCAACAUGGUAUCAACAGCGAAGGUUGGAUCUGGAUAG